AUGCCAGACAGCUACUCAACAUCUCCACAAAACAGCCCAGGUGUCUCCUCACCUUUCGUUGAUACACAUCAUGCUGAAAGCCCUGAAGCAAGUCCGACUAAUUCCGAACUGCCACUCGCUGAUCUGCGUCUGUUGCAUCACUGGACAAAGUCGUGCGCAAAGUCGUUGCAUCCAAACCCUGCAAUCCGGAGUGUCGUUUGGCAGAACGAGUUCAUCGAGUUGGGCUUCGAGUACCCAUUCCUCCUUCGCGGCUUCUUGGCUCUUUCAGCAGUUCAUAAAGCAUCCUUGCUUGCGCCCAGCGAAAGACAGAACCUUCUGCUCCAGGCAGACUCACAUAUCAGCCAUGCAUUAGAUACCUAUCGAAAGAACCUAGAGACGCCAAACGUUGAGCUGGCGAUACCGAUGUUUAUGCUAUCCUCGGUCAUCCUAACUUACAACUUCGGUUCAGCACAGCUUGAGCGUCCCGAAGACCCCAUUCGCGCGCUUCAUCAUUGCUUUAUGCUGCUACAAGGCAUCAAGAUUGUAGUAAUUCCUCACUGGGAUCGGAUCAAAGAUAGCUCUGUGUUCGCUCACAUGACGGACAUGGCGCCCCCAGAAGCUUUGGAUGCAUUGGACACGCUUGCAAGGGAAGAGAACCCCCAAGAGAUUCUCCGGCUCAAAGAGCUUACCGAACUUCUGCUGGACAGUCAGGAUAAAGAAGCCUGUUCCACCGCUAUCGACGAACUCCACGUAACCUGGCUGCGCUUUCGGCACAUAUCACCGGACCGUGAUGAAUAUUCCCUGCUCUUUCUUUGGCCUGCUAGGCUGAGCAAUCGGUUCUUCGACCUCCUUGCAUGUCAUAAUCCAGUGACCUGUAUCAUUACGACACAUUUUGCUGCACUGCUGGCCCAAUGUCGUCCAGUAUGGUGGGUAGUGAAGUGGCCUCAAUGGCUUCUCGUUGCGUCUGAACAAUUGCUGGCGGCGACACCGGAUCUUCUGAAAUGGCUUGACUGGCCGCAACAGAUCAUCCAUGCCCAAGCCUGGACUGCGACGACCACUCCAGCAGCUUCUUGA